GCUGGCUGCUGGCUGCUGGUGCUGGUGCUGGUGCUGACACCCAAACACCCCCGGCUCAUGUCGACCAAGACGAAGGGCCGCCGCCUGAGCGGCUGGAAGGCGGAGGACGCGCAGAAUCUCAUCGAGGAGAACGACGACGAGUCGGAGCGCGUCGCCGCCGCCAGGCAAAAAAGCGAGGAGGCGGAGCGCCUCGCGCAAAAGGCGCGGUCGCCGUUCAAGGAGACGCCCAACCGAAAGGCGCGGACGGCUGUGCUCACCGACAUGUACUCGGACGCGAUACAGAUGUGCGCCGAGAACAAAAUCAACGAGAAGAACACCUGGGCGCUCGACCUGAUUGACCACAUGGGACGGAUGAUCGAGCAGCCUUCGGCGGCCGGAAACGAGGCCGCGAUGACCAACUUCCAGUUCGCCUCCUCCACCCUCGACGCGGGCGUGAAGAUUUACGCGUACCGCGUCGACUCGGUCUACAACGAGACCUACAAGCUCAUCGGCGGGCUGAAUCGCGCAAAGGGCGGUGAGGUGGCGGACGGGGCGCUCGACACCGACUCCGUGGCGGACGCCGGCGCGCCGGAGGGUCCCGGCACCAAGGAGGCACGGAAGCCGCGCCGCGCCAAGCCCCCGAGCAGCAACCUCGAGGCGAACCCGGCGUCGCUCGAUCUCAAGAAGCUGGAGAUGUCCUUCGAGGUUGACCCGCUCUUCCACCGCACGUCGGCCAAGUUCGACGAGGGCGGCGCAAAGGGGCUCCUUCUCAUCAACCUCGCUGUGCGGCCCGGCUGCGCGCUCUCGUUCGACUCGUCCGGGACAUGCGCCGCCGCGCCAGCGGUCGGGGCGCCGCCGCCCGUGCGGGUGCCAUUGGCGCCGCUCGCCGCAUUGGUGCCCAAGCAGCUCUCUGAGAAGCACGUGUGUGCCGAGCUCUGCGGCAUGGUCGGAUCGCUCCGCACCGGCGUCACUUGCACCGACGACGC